AUGAAUGUCAACAAGAAGCUCGGGCGUUUCAAGCAAUGGGCGGGGGAGAGGAUGGGCCAGGAGGCGAAGACUGGAGUGACAAAUGACUUCAAGUCACUGGAGGUUGAGAUGGCUCUUAGGCAAGAAGGCAUGGAGCGUCUUCAAAAGUCCACGACGAAUUACGUGAAAACGUUAUCGAAACGCAAUGAAGGAGAUGACAAGGAAAAGAGUCUUCCAGUGGCAAAUCUUGGAACUACAAUGGUAAGUCAUGGCGAAGACUUUGAAGAUGACUCGGAGUUUGGACAGUGUCUACAAAGUUUGGGCAGGGCCAAUGAACGUAUCGGCCGUGUACAAGAAAAUUAUACCCAGAAUGCAACAACGAGCUGGCUUGACUCUCUAGAACGAUCCCUGACGCAAAUGAAAGAAUACAAUGCUGCCCGCAAGAAGCUUGAGAGUCGGAGAUUGGCAUAUGAUGCAGCAACGUCAAAGAUGCAAAAGAGCAAGAGGGACGACUUCAGAGUCGAGGAAGAACUCCGCUCAGCCAAAGCAAAGUAUGAAGAAUCUACUGAGGAUGUCUAUCGGCGAAUGGAGGACAUCAAGGAAGCAGAAGCAGACAGUAUUGUGGACCUAGGAUCUUUGCUUGAUGCCGAACUUCGGUACUACGACCGUUGCAGAGAUAUUCUAUUGCAGGUGAAGGAAACUUGGCCUGGAAGACAAAAUGAUGCCAAUGGUAUCGCCCAGAAAGAUUCUCGCUACAGCGGAUAUGAAGACGAUGAUCCGCCGGACACCCGUCGUACCAUCAAAUCCAGUCGCACGGCAUCCAACCACAUGCCUCCGGAACCCCAGUUUGCGAAUUUACGACCCACUGUUCCACGGGCAGCCACAUUUGAAGGACCCAGGCAGCUUCAACGCGAUGAUUCUCCAGUGACCGCACACCGAGUAGCCCGAGUGCCAAGCGAUAACAUUACCGUCAAGCCCCAGCGAGAUCGGCUACAAGCUCUAGCUACAAGGGAAUUUGAACAGAAUGACCGCUUCAGUGACCCAUCUGACGAAUCCACAUUCUACGAAAGCCCAGACAGACCAUGGAGAGGUCGAUCGGCUUCUCCAGCGACAUCUGUCGGCAGCAACAUUUCUCGUCAACCAAGUUACUCAGCGCUUGACAACGUCUCAAAGGCAAAAAAGGCUCCUCCACCUCCCCCUCCUUCACGUGCGAAGAAGCCGCCUCCACCUCCGCCGCCAAUGAAGCGGAGCGCUCUCAGCAAUACGCCUGUAUCGUACGCAUAA